CCGAGGCGAGCAGUGAGCGAGCGGCCCCGCAGAGUAAAAUGGCCGAGAAGCAGAAGCACGAAGGCAGGGUGAAGAUAGGACACUACAUCCUGGGAGACACGCUCGGAGUGGGCACCUUCGGCAAAGUGAAGAUUGGAGAGCACCAGCUAACAGGACAUAAGGUUGCUGUUAAGAUCCUGAACAGGCAGAAGAUCCGCAGUCUCGAUGUGGUUGGCAAAAUCAAACGAGAGAUCCAGAACCUCAAGCUGUUCCGGCAUCCGCACAUCAUCAAGCUGUACCAGGUGAUCAGUACCCCUACAGACUUCUUCAUGGUGAUGGAGUAUGUGUCUGGAGGAGAACUCUUUGACUAUAUCUGUAAACAUGGGAGGGUGGAGGACAACGAGGCACGGCGUCUGUUCCAACAGAUCAUAUCAGCAGUGGACUACUGCCACAGACACAUGGUGGUACACAGAGACCUGAAGCCAGAGAAUGUGCUAUUGGACGGCAGCAUGAAUGCCAAGAUUGCUGACUUUGGCUUGUCAAACAUGAUGUCAGAUGGGGAGUUCCUGAGAACAAGCUGUGGAUCUCCUAACUAUGCUGCUCCAGAGGUCAUCUCUGGAAGACUGUAUGCAGGUCCAGAGGUGGAUAUCUGGAGCUGUGGGGUGAUCCUGUACGCUCUGCUGUGUGGCACGCUGCCCUUCGAUGAUGAGCAUGUCCCCACGCUCUUCAAGAAGAUCCGUGGAGGAGUCUUCUACAUCCCCGAGUACCUCAACCGCUCUGUGGCCAGCCUGCUGAUGCUUAUGCUUCAGGUGGACCCUCUGAAGAGAGCCACAAUCAAAGACAUAAGAGAGCAUGAGUGGUUUAAGCAGGACCUGCCUGGCUACCUGUUUCCUGAGGACCCCUCCUAUGACAGCACGGUGGUGGACGAGGAGGCCGUGCGGGAGGUGUGUGAGAAGUUCGAGAGCACAGAGGCGGAGGUUCUCAGCAGCCUGUACAGUGGAGACCCCCAGGACCAGCUGGCAGUAGCCUACCAUCUCAUCAUUGACAACCGCCGCAUUAUGAACCAGGCCAGCGAGUUCUACUUAGCCUCCAGCCCCCCUACAGGCUCCUUCAUCGAGGAGGGCAUGCCCCUACCCCCGGGGGUAAAGCCCCACCCCGAGAGGAUGCCCCCACUCCUGGCUGAUAGCCCAAAGGCCAGGUGCCCUCUGGAUGCCCUCAACACCACUAGGCCCAAACCUCUGGCUGUGAAAAAGGCCAAGUGGCACCUCGGGAUUCGCAGUCAGAGCAAGCCCUACGACAUCAUGGCUGAGGUGUACCGCGCCAUGAAGCAGCUGGAGUACGACUGGAAGGUGGUGAACCCCUAUCACUUGAGGGUUCGCCGGAAGAACCCAGUAACUGGUAACUUUGUGAAGAUGAGCCUGCAGCUCUAUCAGGUGGACAACCGAAGCUACCUACUGGACUUCAAGAGCAUUGAUGAUGACAUCAUUGAGCAGAAAUCCGGCUCGUCCACUCCCCAGCGCUCUGGCUCGGCCGCUGGCCUCCACCGGCCCCGCCUCAGCAUCGACUCUGCGACUGUUGCCGUGGAGAUGCCGCAGCUGAGCAGCUCUCUGCCGGGCUCUCUGCAUGGCAGCACGCCAAUGCUGGCACCGCGCCAGGGCAGCCACACCAUGGACUUCUUUGAGAUGUGCGCCAGCCUCAUCACCACACUGGCACGCUAAACCACACACACACACACACACACACACACACACACACAC